AUGAGCUAUCCAGCUCAGAAGCUCAAGCCCUUUACGCUGUACAUGACCGUAUCUGUCCCCGAGGAGCCGGCUCAUACUAUAGCCCAUCGCUACGAUCGUGACACAAGCGAUAUUAAGGUCUCGGGCUCUAAAGACUCUGACGGAGGCCAAUACGUUGCCGGCUCAGGUGACUUUGAAUGGGGACUCUACUGGCAUCGCAAGCUUGGUGAUGGAACAUGGCACACCUUUCGCUUCACCUCACCUCCGAUGUACAAAGGGCCGCCCGGACUCUACAAGCCCUGGGUCUACCAUCGAGUCGACGUGAAGGAAUCUCCGCGUCUUCAUCACCAUGUCGUCGGGCUUGUUCGGGUCAUGCGCGUUCCCGAAUCUUUGGGCAAAGAAAUCUCCGCCUACCUCGACUGGCUGGCACCUAUCGCGGCGACCAAGGCAACACGGGAUGACUCCUGGGCAACAACGAUCUGCCUGCGAGCACGAGUCUAUGUGGCCAAGAAGCUGGAAGUAAUCGACACGGCAGCAGAGAGCUUUGAUGCUCCUCGGCUGAUUUGCCAGUCGAUGGAGUUUGCCUAUCGCGAGGUGUAG